AUGCCCAUCUGCAUCGAAUGCUCUUAUCCGGUCUCCCACCUGUACAGUGCUUACAGUCGCGCCGAUGACCGGUCUCAAGGCAAGGGUGUGCGACUGACGCAAUGCCCGCGUUGCCAGCGAUUUGCCGACAAAUAUGUCGAAUAUGACUUCGUUGUGCUGUUCAUUGACUUGGUGCUUAUUAAACCCCAGGUAUACCGGCACCUUUUGUUCAAUCGGCUCGGACGCGACGACAAUCGGUUCGAUCGAUCUAUCAUCCGCCUCGGUGUUCUCCUACUCCUCUUCGACGUUUACCUGACCUGGGCACGCAUUGAAAAGGACCCAUCCCUCGCAGCGACGUUCCUCUCGCGCGCCCCCAUCAUCGUCCAAUACCUCUUCUUCCUAAGCUUGAACGCCGCCGCAACCCUCGCCCACCACUUAACCGUCCGCCUGCUAGCUUCAAUUCUGGUCCCAAAGUCCCGCCGGUACAGCGGCCCAGACAGCAGCAACAAUGCCACCACAACAAACACAGGCGAUGCCACCCCAUUCCCCUCGGGACCCCCGACGCCAACCAUCCGGCCCUCCCCAUCUGCUGUCUCAGUAACCGCCCAAACCCAAAACCAAGCAAACCCACUAGCAAGUCCAUCAAAGUCCACUCAAGCCUUGGGCACAUACAGCGAGGUUACUUCUCCAAUCGAUGCGCAAGCACCACCAAUCCCACCACCACGACCAGCCCCACCAUUACGUCGUGCCUCAACAGCCCCGCUACAGAACAUCCAGCCCCUCCCCCCUCCAACGGCAGCAAGCCCAGCAGCAAUCAGCACCGCAUUACUAGUAAGCAGCUGCGCGAAGCUCUUCCCCAUCCUACUGGUAAUCUGGGGCGCCGACGGCAGCGGCAGCCUCUCCAAUAUUCCAGCGCACAGCCAUACAGCGGCGACAAUCCGAUCUGCGACACAGCCGGCUACCAUGCCCAGUACAGUGCACCAGAGUCUAUAUUCCGGAGCUACAAGCGCGUCUUCCGUUCUCUCAGCGAAAGCAGCGAUCUCGUCAUCUCCCUCUGCUACACCGGUUCCUGCUUCGUUUCUGGAAUCGCGGCUUGCGGGGUUGGUUUCGUCUUUGUGGAGUUCUACGCCGACUAGUCAUCUGACUGGGCUUUUUGAUUUGCUUGCGUCGUUGCUUUCACUUGGUGUUGUCGAUACGCAUCUCGUGCUAUUAAGUAAUAUUGAGGCAUUGUACAUCUUACUCGGUUGUGGUUAUCUGCGCGCUGUUGCGGUUGCGGUUGCUGGUCAGGUUGCGCGGUGGGCGGUGCAGAGGGUUAUUCUGGGUGCUAUUGGGGUUGGAUAA